AUCUGGGGAGAAAUAGAAGGGAAGCUGUGUAUGUCUGACUGAAAAAAAGUGUUUGACAUUUUCUAGAACUAUGAGAUCAUCACAUCUGCCAUCUUGCAAAGUCGCUAUAGUCUUCACCCUAUUCUGGCUUCUGUCCACUUCUUUGAAGGAAGGGGAAAUUUCGAGCUGUAUUAUAUUUCCUCCUUCUACAACCACGUCCUUUCCAAGGCUAGUUAUGGUUGAGACAUUACCCACUCUUCAGGAGUUCACCUUGUGUUAUUGGUUCAAAAUUCACCGCUUAGAUAAAAGACUUCACAUAUUUUCCUAUGCUCAUGAUGCACAAAGUAACGAGAUUCUAACGUACGUGGAUGUGGAAAAUGUAAUUGGUUUCUAUGUAAGUGGCACUCCAGAAUUACAAGUUCAGUGUCCUUACUAUCUUAGAAUUGGAAAAUGGCACCAUGUUUGUUACGUGUGGUCUUCAUGGGAAGGUCAAGCAACACUUGUCGUGGAUAGUUUUGGCUGUCAUGGUAACAAGACUGGGAUGCACAAAGGAGGUACGGUUCGAUCUGGAGGUGCACUUGUUCUAGGACAAGACCAGGACAAAGUUGGUGGCGGAUUUGAUCCUAAACAAAAUAUGGAAGGGAGACUCAGUGAACUACAUUUGUGGGACUCAGCACUGAACAGUGAACAAAUUUUACGCUUGAGUAGGUGUACUGACAUUUCAGAGAGAAGUAUUUAUGGGAAUUUAAUUCGUUGGGAGAAAACUCCAUUUCAGUUUUAUGAUGGGGUUGUUCUUUCCCCUAACAACAUUUGUGCUUAGUUAACAGAAAAGCGUCGUAAUAUAUUUUAUGUAACUCUGUGGCACUGAUUUUUAACAAUUUACGCGUUUUGAUGUUUAAAAAAGGCAUACUGUUUUAUUGAUAUAUUCUUAAUGAUUUAUAUGCUUUAACGAGGCUCAAAUACUUUAUGUAGCAUGUUUUUCUUACGAAUAAAUUUAAAUAGUG